AUGUUUCCAACGGUAGUAAAGUGGGUUAGCUAUUGGAUACAAAGGACUAUAUAUAUAUUCGAGGUCAGCAGAAAUCCAUGGAGGUUUCAGUUAAUUUUCAGAAAUAACAACUCAACAGUGCGAUUAAUUGAAGUUAUGAAUUCAUUAUAUAUUUUGGCGUCUAUCCUUUUAUUUCUCAGGGCCUCAAGAGUUGUUGCAGAGACACAUACAUUCCAUUUCAAAACCGGCUGGACUACGGUGAAUCCUGAUGGGAUGCAUGAAAAACGUAUGAUUACAUUUAAUGGCCAAUGGCCUCUGCCCGAAAUACAUGUGAAGAAGGGAGAUCGUGUUGAAAUAUACCUAAAUAAUGGGUUUGAAAACCUUACUACUUCUUUGCACUUCCAUGGCCUUUUCCAUAACACAAGUGAGGGAAAUCAAGUGCAAAUGGACGGUCCUCAGAUGGCAACACAAUGUCCUAUUAUGCCUGGAGCUACUUAUUUGUACAAUUUCACUGUCCCUAAUCAAGUAGGGACUUUUUGGUAUCAUUCGCACACCGGCGCCCAGUAUGCAGAUGGUAUGAGAGGAGCAUUCAUUAUUCACGAUGAUGACGCACCAUUCGAUUACGAUGAGGAGCUAACCCUUUUUGUCAGUGACAUAUAUUAUAAACCAUAUUAUCAGCUAGCUAAAGAAUUUCUAUCCAGAUACAAUCCUACUGGGGCGGAACCAGUUCCACAGAACUUGCUAUUUAACCAUACUACAAAUGCCACUGUAUACUUCGAACCCAAUAAAACUUACUUGUUAAGAAUUAUUAAUGGAGCAUUUUUUGUAUCUCAAUAUUUGUAUAUUGAGGAUCAUGAGUUCACGGUUGUCGAAAUUGAUGGCGUUUACGUCAAGCCAAAUACCACAGAUUUACUAUACUUGGCAUCCGGUCAACGGACAUCAGUGUUGGUCAAAUCCAAAAAUAGUACUGAUAGAAAUUAUGCCUUUAUGCAAAAAUUCGACCAUACGAUGUUGGAUGUCAUUCCACCUGAGUUGCAGUUGAAUAGAGUCAAUCAACUUUGCUACAAUAAGGAGAAGCCUCCUGCUGCCGAAUAUUUGAUUGAGGACCUAAGUAAAGCGCUCAACGACUUUUAUUUGACUCCUUAUUAUCCUCAGGAGCUAUAUCGUGACUAUGAAUAUCAAAUUAUCUUAAACUUAUCAAUGGUAAACUUAGCUGAUGGUGUGAACUAUGCGCUGUUCAACAAUAUUUCUUUUGUGGCCCCCAAUGUGCCAACUCUAACCACAGUUCUUACUGCUGGCGAACUAGCAAAAACCCCCUUCAUAUAUGGUAAUAUCAAUCCUUUUGUCUUAGAGUAUGAUGAAGUUGUUGAAGUCGUUAUUAACAACUUUGAUGAUGGGGCGCACCCAUUUCAUUUGCAUGGUCACAAUUUUCAGAUUGUACAAAAAUCACCUAGUUUUAUUAACCACAAAACACCAGUUCCAUAUAAUGAAUCUAACCCGUUAAGUCCGUUUCCAGAAUUCCCUGCAAUAAGGGACACCGUCGUCCUACAACCAAACGGUCAUAUUGUCUUGAGGUUUAAGGCUAACAAUCCUGGAACAUGGAUAUUUCAUUGCCAUGUUAAUUGGCAUUUAGAACAGGGUCUUGCUGCUAUGUUUAUUGAGGCUCCACUCCAGCUACAGGCUAUAGAAUCUUUAUCAGAUAACUACAAAGAACUAUGUGCUGCGGCCAACAUCCCUUUGAGCGGUAAUGCAGCAGGGCAUUCUGACGACUGGUUUAAUAUGGAUGGUCUGAAAACACAACCAAAGCCUUUGCCUUCUGGGUUUACUGCUAAAGGUUAUUUUGCAUUCUUUUUAACAACUAUUGUCGGAUUAUUUGGGUUAUAUACUGUUACCAAGUUUGGUUUGCAUGAAUCAAUUCAGGAUGAUGUAGAGUUGCAUGCUAAGCUGUCUGCACUCCUAGAAAAAUAA